UAACAGGAGAGGAUUAUACCACUACUCCGCCCAGGCUUAGUGUAAGGAACCAAUAGAAGGAGGGUGUUGGCACACCAAUUCCGCCCACUCUUACUGUAUUUAAGGCCUAGGCUACCAGCACUUAUUAGUUCACUGACGAAGCUCUUCGGAUGAGGAGCGAAACGUCCGACACCUUCUUCACAGAAGUACAGAUGACGUCUCAAGAAGCCUUUCCCUCGAUGGACAACUCCUGUACGACUGAGAGCCUACACAGACGAGAUAAAAAGUCAUAAUCAUGACAUAAGAAAGACAACAUUAUGAGAUAAGAAGUUAUAAUUAUGAGAAAAAAAGCCAUAAUUACGACAUUGAAAAGUCAUAAUUAUGAGAUAAAAUGUCGUAAUUAUGAGAUGAGUCGUAAUUAUGACGUAAAAAGUUGAAAUUACAAGAUAAAAGGUCAUAAUUGUGAGAUAAAGUCAAAAUUAUCAGAUAAAAAGUGUAAUUAUGAGAUAAGAAGUCACAAUUAUAAGAUAAAAAGUUGAAAUUGAGAGAUAAAAAGCAAUAAUUGCGAUAAAGUCAUAAUUAUGAGAUAAAAUGUUGAAAUUACAUGAUAAAAAGCAAUAAUUGUAAGAUAAAGUCAGAAUUACGAGAUAAAAAGUCCAAAUUAUGAAUUGAGAUAAAGUCAUAAUUAUGAGAUAAAAUGUUGAAAUUACAAGAUAAAAAGUAAUAAUUAUGAGAGUCAUAAUUAUGAGAUAAAAAGUUGAAAUUAUGACAUAAAAAAUCAGAAUUGAGAUAAAGUCCUAAUUAUGAGAUAAAAUGUUGAAAUUACAAGAUAAAAGCAAUAAUUGUCAGAUAAAGUCAGAAUUAUGAGAUAAAAAGUCAAAAUGACGAGAUAAAACGUCGUAAUUAUGAGCUAAUGAUAAAAAGUUGAAAUUACGAGAUAAAAAGUCAAAGUUGAGAUAAAAAGUUGAAAUUACGAAAUAAAAAGUCAUAAUUGUGAGGUAAAAAGUUGUAAGUAUGAUAAAAAGUUGAAAUUACGAGAUAAAAAGUCAUUUAUGAGAUAAGAAGUCAUAAUUAUGAGAUUAAAUGUUGAAAUUAUUAUGAGGUAAGUUAUGAGGUAAAAAGUUGAAAUUGAGAGUUAAAAAGUAAUAAUUGCAAUAAAGUCAUAAUUAAUUAUGAGGUAAAAUGUUGAAAUUACAAGAUAAAAAGCAAUAAUUGUGCGAUAAAGUCAGAAUUAUGAGCUAAAAAGUCAAAAUUACGCGAUAAAAAGUCGUAAUUAUGAGAUGAAAAGUUGAAAUUACAAGAUAAAAAGUCAGAAUUGAGAUAAAGUCAUAAUUAUGAGAUAAAGUGUUGAAAUUGCAAGAUCAAAAGUAUUAAUUAUGAGAGUCAUAAUUAUGAAAUAAAAAGUCAAAAGUGCAAGAUAAAAAGUCCUAAUUAUGAGACUCUUUUUAUCUCGUAAUUAUGACUUUUUUUUAUCUCAUAAUUAAGACUUACCAUUGGGCAAUUUUUUUUCUUUCAGUGAGGGAAACGGGCUUCCACAGAAAGGACACCGGACAAGAAAGAAUUGAAACAGAAAUAAAGAGAAGAAAAAACUGUGCUGUUCAAUCAGUUCAAGUACUUCUUCAACCUGUACUUCCUGCUGCUGGCCUGCUCGCAGUUUGUGGAGGUGCUGCGCUUGGGUGACCUCUACACCUACUGGGUCCCGCUGGGUCUGGUCUUGACCAUCACCAUCAUUCGAGAGGCCGUGGAUGAAAUACGAUGCUACUUUCGAGACAAAGAGGUGAACUCGCAGAUCUACAGCAAGCUGUCAACAAGAGGCACAAUGAAGGUGAAAAGCAGCAAUAUCCAAGUGGGGGAUCUUAUCAUUGUGGAAAAGAACCAGCGCGUUCCUGCUGACAUGAUCUUUUUAAGGACCUCGGAGAGAAAUGGCUCCUGUUUCCUCCGCACUGACCAGCUGGAUGGAGAGACCGACUGGAAGCUCCGCCUCCCGGUGGCUUGCACGCAGAGGCUGCCCACUGCUGCAGACCUUUUACAGAUCCGAUCGUACGUGUACGCAGAGGAGCCGAACAUUGACAUCCAUAACUUUAUUGGAACCUUCACCAGGGAGGAUGGAGACCCUCCCAUCAACGAAAGCCUCAGCAUUGAGAACACGCUGUGGGCCAGCACGGUGGUGGCCUCGGGCACAGUGGUGGGGGUGGUGAUCUACACUGGCAAGGAGCUGCGCAGUGUCAUGAACACCUCCAACCCGAGACACAAGGUCGGCCUGUUCGACCUGGAGGUGAACUGCCUCACAAAGAUCCUGUUUGGGGCCUUGGUGGUGGUCUCUCUGGUCAUGGUGGCCCUGCAGCACUUUGCAGGACGCUGGUACCUGCAGAUCAUGCGCUUCCUGCUGCUCUUCUCCAACAUCGUGCCCAUCAGCUUGCGUGUCAACCUGGAUAUGGGCAAGAUGGUUUUCAGCUGGAUGAUCAAGAGGGACUCCAAGAUACCUGGAACCGUGGUGAGGGCCAGCACCAUACCCGAACAGCUGGGCCGCAUCUCCUACCUGUUGACUGACAAGACAGGAACUCUGACCCAAAAUGAGAUGGUGUUCCGCCGGCUCCACCUUGGCACUGUGGCGUACGGGAUGGACUCUAUGGAUGAAGUGCAGAGCCACGUGUUCAGUGCCUACACACAGCCCACCCAUGACCUCCCGGCCUCCAGAACCCCGGCGGCCACCAAGGUUCGCAAGACCAUCAGCAGUCGAGUUCACGAGGCGGUGAAGGCCAUCGCGCUGGUGCACAACGUGACGCCCACCUACGAGUCCAACGGCGUGACGGACCAGGCCGAGGCCGAGCAGCACUACGAGGACACCUGCAGGGUGUACCAGGCAUCCAGCCCCGAUGAGGUGUCACUGGUGCAGUGGACAGAGAGUGUGGGCUUGACGCUGGUGGGCCGAGACCAGUCCUCCAUGCAGCUCAGGACCCCAACAGGCCAGAUAAUGAACUUCAGCAUUCUGCAGAUUUUCCCCUUCACCUAUGAGAGCAAGAGGAUGGGCAUCAUCGUGCGAGACGAAUCGACGGGAGAGAUCACGUUCUACAUGAAGGGUGCCGACGUGGUCAUGGCCGGGAUCGUCCAGUACAACGAUUGGCUGGAAGAAGAGUGUGGCAACAUGGCCAGAGAAGGUCUGAGGGUCCUGGUGGUCUCAAAGAAGUCGCUGACUGAGGAGCAGUAUCAGGAUUUUGAGGCACGCUAUGUCCAGGCCAAGCUCAGUGUGCACGACCGCUCCCUCAAGGUUGCCACGGUGAUCGAGAGUCUGGAGAUGGAGAUGGAGCUCCUUUGUUUGACCGGCGUGGAGGACCAGCUUCAGGCCGACGUCAGGCCCACCCUGGAGAUCCUCCGCAACGCCGGCAUCAAGGUAUGGAUGCUGACAGGUGACAAACUAGAAACGGCGACAUGCACCGCCAAGAACGCCCACCUCAUCACCCGCAAUCAGGACAUCCACAUCUUCAGACCCGUGACCACGCGAGGAGAAGCCCACCUGGAGCUCAACGCCUUCCGGAGGAAACACGACUGCGCCCUGGUGAUAUCGGGGGACUCGCUGGAGGUUUGCCUCAAGUACUACGAGUACGAGUUCAUGGAGCUGGCGUGUCAGUGUCCCGCCGUGGUCUGCUGCCGCUGCGCCCCCACCCAGAAGGCCCAGAUCAUCCGGCUGCUGCAGGAGCGCACGGGCAAGCUCACCUGCGCUGUAGGGGAUGGAGGAAACGAUGUCAGCAUGAUCCAGGAAGCCGACUGUGGCGUGGGAGUGGAGGGAAAAGAAGGCAAGCAGGCCUCGCUGGCCGCAGACUUCUCCGUGACUCAGUUCAAACAUUUGGGUCGUCUGCUGAUGGUUCACGGUCGUAACAGCUACAAGAGGUCCGCAGCCCUCAGCCAGUUUGUCAUCCACAGGAGCCUCUGCAUCAGCACCAUGCAGGCCGUCUUCUCGUCUGUCUUCUACUUUGCUUCAGUGCCGCUCUACCAAGGCUUCCUCGUUAUUGGCUACUCCUCCAUCUACACCAUGUUCCCUGUCUUCUCCCUGGUGUUGGACAAGGACGUCAAGUCGGAGGUGGCCAUGUUGUAUCCAGAAUUAUACAAAGACUUGUUGAAGGGUAGACCUCUGUCCUUUAAGACAUUUCUCAUAUGGGUCUUAAUCAGUAUUUAUCAAGGUAGCAUCAUCAUGUACGGGGCGCUGCUCCUCUUCGAGUCGGAGUUUGUCCACAUCGUGGCCAUCUCCUUCACCUCGCUCAUCCUCACCGAACUGCUGAUGGUGGCGCUGACCAUCCAGACGUGGCACUGGCUCAUGAUGGUGGCCGAGCUGCUCAGCUUGGCCUGCUACGUCGCCUCGCUCGUCUUCCUGCACGACUUCAUCGACGUGUACUUCAUCACCACGCCGUCGUUCCUGUGGAAGGUGACGUCCAUCACGCUGGUCAGCUGCCUGCCGCUCUACAUCCUCAAGUACCUGCGCAGACGCUUCUCCCCGCCCAGCUACUCCAAGCUCACCUCCUAGGGGGUGCUGUCGUGGACACCAGGAAGGAAGUAGAACCACCUCAACCCAACAAACAACACAGCUUGCUCAUUUAUUUAUACACAUUAAAAAAAAAAAAAGAAUCCCGCAGUGCUAAUGCUAACCUUUUAGCAGCAUCACUGACUUUUACUGCCCCCACCCCUCUCUAAAAGGAGCCUCCACAAUGAUACACCUAAAAGUCACUUGUAAAAAAGCUGGCUUAUGCGUCAGGCAGGCAGCGGGCGUCUGAGGCUAAAUGGGUCCUCUCCCCCACAGGACCCCUCUGAUGUGGUCGUGACCUCAAGCCAUAAAAAUAAACACCAAAAAAAGCAAACGAAGGGAUGAAUAUGUUGAACAGAAUGUGAAUAUUGUCCAUAUGAUUAUGCUAAUAUCUUCUUCUAGUCUCUGUGUGCUCAUUAAGGUGAUGAUGAUUAUUCAUGAUUUAUUUAUUCAUGACGUUGCCAUGGAUGUGAAAAGAAGCAUGAUUUUGAGGUACUUGUAAAUAAUAUUGUUUUUAACGUAUUAACGUGUUUUUUAACAAAGUGCUGUCGGUCGGAAAGCAGAACAAAAAAGGGACCUUGUUUGGAUGUUGAUGAAUAUGAAUAAUAAAUGUCACCGUUUGUUAUCCUGUGUUUUUGCCUCCCUUGUGUUGCUCUGUAUGGUUCCAAUUCUGCCUUACACAAAAACAAAAACUAUUAUUGUUAUGAAUAAAUGCUGGGAAAAUACUCUAGCCCAAAUAUUAUUAUUUGAAUGAGGAUGUUUUUUUUUUUUUACAGUUUUCUCUUAGUAUUUUAUCUUGUAAAAUUAGUAUAUUUUUCCUGUUUUUUUAGUUCUUUAAUAUUUCAGCUCCAUGCUACUAAAAUAUUAUUUUUCAUCAUAUUACAAGUUUAUUUUGUAAAAAUGCAACAUUUUUUUCUCAUUAAAAUAUUUCUUCUCUCAA